AUGAAGAUACUUUGCCUUCAUCCUUGGGGCACCUCGGGUUUUAUCUUUGAGAAGCAACUCCAAACCUUGAGCGGCAUUCUCGGACCGACGCACGAAUAUGUGUACAUUAACGGCGGCGUCCCAAGCGCGCGGGCACGAGAUCUCCCCGAUUUCGUCAAGGGCCCUUACUAUUGCUGGUAUGAGGGCUUGUCGUCGCCCCAGUGUCAGGAGGCACACGACACCAUAACCGAAACGAUCAAGGAGGAGGGGCCUUUCGACGGCGUCAUCGGCUUCAGCCAGGGAGCCUCCCUGGCGUUAUCCUUCAUGUUGCACCACGAGCUGCACAACCCGGGUUUACCAUGCCCCUUCCGUUUUGCGCUGUUGUUCUGCGCGAACCUGGUCAUAUCCCCAGACCCGAAGUUCAACCAAGACAAGGUGGUCAAGUACAGUGGAUACUACAAGGCAUCUCGCGACGGAGUAAGGCCGGCCGGUGAAGUUGGCGAAGAGCACAACGACGAGGACAACGACGAGGACAACGACGACCAAUACAAGACAGAAACCGGGGAGGGAAACGGCACGCACCAGACGGUUCAGACCACACCAGCGACGCCAGCGACACCACUGGCACCAGAUGCCAGCAGCAGCAAGCGCAGGGCGGCGCCGAAGCACCGCGCGCUCCUUUUGCUUCCGGGGAGGAAGAAGGCUCUCGUGGAGGAGCUAGUUGAUCUGAUCGACGAGGCGUCGCACAACCUGUCGGGGGAGGCGGACGCGUCGAAGCACUCGUGGCCGGAAGACCCCAAGCCCGAGGACUUCCCACGCCUGAUGCACCCACUGACGGUCAAGGCGCGGGUGCCCAUCCCGACGGUCCACGUCAUUGCGCAAAACGACCCACUCAUGCGGCACACGGAGCUGGCGGUGCGGUUGUGCGACAAGAAGAAGACGAAGCUGGUCUACUUUGACGGCCCGCACCGGAUCCCAACGGCGCCGUCAACCUUGAACGCCAUUGCAAGGGCGGUUGAAUGGGCUAUGCAAAAGGGGCAGCUGAUGUGA